UUGAAUAUACCUAAGUCAUCAAGUGAUUUAAUACUUGCGGAUGAAUAUGUAAUGCAAGCCUUGGGAAUUUAUGAAGUUUUGAGGCGUUUCAGUAGACAACUGAGACUAUCUCACUUUAGAUUUGAGGAUUUGUGCUCUGCUCUAACUUGUUCAUAUAAUUCGCCUUUAAUUGUAGAAAUUCAUGUUUGUCUGAUGAAAUGUCUCUUAAAAGCUGAUGAUAAUUCGAACAUGAUGUUUGGUCCUCAGGACACAAAGGAUAGUGUUAAUAUCUUUUUAAUGAGCUUAGACCAUCUGACUUGGUAUGAAAUUGUUAGUGCUUAUUUGAAUAGUGGUUAUAAGGAUGAAUUUGAAAAUGUUUGCAACGUGAUCUGCAAGAAAUCAUUUUACACUUCAAUUACAAUAUCUGAGCGACUGUCAAUUUUACAAUGCCUUACUGAUUUGUUCUUAAGAACUAAUGCAGCUCGCUUGGAGAUUAUAAGAGAAGGAAUGUUUCAACAUGAAGAUCAGUGUCGAUCCUGUCACAAGUUGGGAGAUUUGAUUUGUUGCGAACUGUGUCCCUCCGUGUACCACCUGGAAUGUGUUGGAUUGACGGAAGUGCCCGAAGGAGAUUGGAUCUGUUCCCUUUGCACGCAGUCACAUGUGAAAGGAGUGAGUGACUGCUUAGGUGAUAUGGAGGUGGAAGGCAUGCUAUCGAGGCACGAACCACUGGGUUAUGAUAGGCAUCUCAGAAGAUACUGGUUCCUCUCAAGAAGAAUAUUUGUGGAGUCAGAAGAUGGAAAUGCCGUGCACUACUACAGCACUCCUCAGCAGUUUGAAGAAUUGUAUCUUUCACUGGAUGCUGAUCAUUAUGAAAAUGAUCUCGUUGCUGUUUUGUAUGAGCUAAAAGAUGAAAUCAAGAGGCAGAUGGAUCUAACAAUUGAACUGACCAAGCAAUUUCAAAAUUCAAAAAAAUCUACUUUUGAUAUUCUUUAUGGUUGGUUGAAUGAAAAAGAGAAAUAUGAAAAUGCUAGAAAAAAAGUAAAGCUUUGCAAUGGUGAUGACAACAGAGAGAGCAGUGCAUUGGUCAAGUCUGAAAAAUUUUACUCACAGACUCCUGGAGAAUUCAUUGUUUUCACUUUAACAGGACACGAAGGCACUUUUUUAAAGUAUGAAAAUGUAUAUUCUACUAAUGCUUGUGCUUUAAAUAGACAACAGCAUUUUGAAGAGAAAGAAAAGAAACGCCAUCUUUCUUACAAAUUCAACAUUCCAAUGCACGGUGAUUUUCGAUGGGGUGGUUCAUCGUUUGGCAGUCUAGCAUCAAUCAUCAGCACAUACAAAACUACUCUUUUACUGCUGGAAAGUCACAUACCCACUUGUCUGUUGCAUCCACGUUGGCAAACUUUCAGACCUGAAUGGCUAAAUUUAGUUGCCACCGCUUCGACGUCUAGUCAGUUAGCACAUAUUUUAGCAGUUCUGCAGGUAUCUAUUAAGCCGGUGUUGUUCAACCACAUGUGGCAUGAGAUGUUGGGUCACACAAGUUUGAAAAGAAUAAGCACAACAGAGUUUGAAGAGAAUAAGAAAAAAGAG